UAGAGCAGGAUAGGGUUUAAAGGGGGCCGCGGCAGCGUGCGGCAGCGGCUGCCGGUUUGGCUGGAGAGCGGAGCGGGUCCGUGCGGAGCGGCGGCAGCGGCCCUCUCGUAUCCGUGCCCAUGGCGCUGCCGGUGACGCGCCGUGCCCCUAUCACUAGAGGGAUGGAGAAUGCUGUGUCUGACCUUAGAAGCAAAGCGAAAACUCACGUGACUGGCAAAAGGGCUGCUUUAGAAGAAAUAGGAAAUAAAGUUACAACAAGAGGAACACACAUAUCUAAGAAAACAGAAUGCCCCAAAGCAUCCAUAAAGCCUGUGAAAGGACCUAGCAAGACGACAAAUGGAAUUGUACUGCCUAAAGCUCCAGCUGCUGUAAAUCAAGCAAACAAAGAAACUGAUGUUCCAAAGGUUCUGUCUCCUGUGCCUAUGGAUGUGUCCGUGCAGGAGGAGGAUUUGUGCCAAGCCUUCUCUGAUGUGUUGCUCAACAACGUGGAAGACAUCGAUGCGGAGGACUGGGAGAACCCCCAGCUGUGUAGUGACUACGUCAAGGACAUCUACCUGUACCUGCGGGAGCUCGAGCUACAGCAGUCUGUCCGGCCGCACUACCUGGACGGGAGGACGAUCAACGGGCGCAUGCGCGCCAUCCUGGUGGACUGGCUGGUGCAGGUGCACUCGAGGUUCCGCCUCCUGCAGGAGACACUCUACAUGUGUGUGGCCAUCAUGGAUCGCUUCUUGCAGAGUCAUCCAGUACCUCGCAAGAAGCUUCAGCUGGUGGGCGUAACAGCGCUGCUUGUGGCUUCAAAAUAUGAAGAGAUACUGUCUCCUGAUGUAGCAGACUUUGUUUACAUUACUGACAAUGCCUACACCAGUAAUGAAAUUAGAGAAAUGGAAAUUAUUAUUCUUAGAGAAUUAAAUUUUGACCUGGGGCGACCUCUUCCAAUUCACUUCUUAAGAAGAGCAUCAAAAGCUGGGGAGGCUGAUGCUAAGCAACACACUCUAGCCAAGUACCUGAUGGAGCUGACGCUGAUCGACUAUGACAUGGUUCACCACCGGCCCUCCGAGAUCGCAGCUGCCGCACUGUGCCUGUCUCAGAAGAUUCUGGGCCAUAACAAAUGGGGUACAAAGCAGCAGUACUACACUGGCUACGCAGAAGACAGUCUUGUGAUGACCAUGAAACAUAUGGCCAAGAAUGUAGUCAAAGUAAAUGAGAAGUUAACAAAAUACACUGCUAUCAAGAACAAGUAUGCAAGCAGCAAACUACUGACCAUCAGCACCAUCCCUCAGCUGAACAGUGAGAUCAUCAAGGAUCUGGCUGCAUCACUGCUGUGAAGCCCUGGGCAGCCAGGGCCUGAUGGGGUGUGCACUUUGUCCACUGCUUUUGUACAUAGCAUUCCAGCUCCCACAGACAGUUCCGACUCACACAGAAGGUGACAUUUUAAAUUUGCUUUGUAAUACAGCUUUGUAUCUAAAAAUAAAACUCCUUUCUUUUAAAUAUUGAGAGUGUGACUCUUUAAGGUACAACCUGUGUAUUUGCAAUCUAAUGUCCAAGUGGGACAUUUGACUAAAUAGGUGAUUGUUACAAGUUGCAGUUAAAUGGGCUUGAUUAUUCUCUGUGGUUUCUUCCAGAGAGAAUCUCCAAGCUUUAUAUAUUGCAUUAUAUCUAUUAACUUAUUUCACUCUUAAGAUAGAGAAGGCAGACAGGUUUUUUGUUGUACCUUAAAGAACACGAAAUAUGUACUUUAUUUCAGUGUCUUGUUUCAAGAAACUAUACUGGAAUUUAUUUCUUUUUUUGUAGUUAGCCAUCUUUAAGUUGGGGGAAAGAUGUAGGCUGUCUUUAACCUUGUAAAUGUUUGUGUUUCUCUGUGUGCUUAACAAAAGGGAGCUAAGGUAGAAAAACUGGAAGUUGUCUGUAAUGCUAACUGUGCAGGGAAUGCAGGUGUGGAACUGUGGCCAUGAAACCUUCUGAAAGCAGCUCAGCUCUUGAAACCUUCUCCACUUCCUGAAAAGGACCCCCCUCAGGUUUUUCAUUACCUGUUUGCUUGCCCACAUAUUUUUCCCCCCUGCUUCUCCAAUAAAUCUCUGUACCUGGGAUUAUAGAGUAAAACCCAGCACAAGGCAGUUCUUCUUGUCACUUCCUUGUCACUUGGCAUCCUUUCGUCUGUGGUUUUAAUCUAAGUGUAUCUGUGUGCCCAAGGAAUGCAAGCAUGUAAGUAAUGCAACUUUUCUGCCCCAAUACCUCAUGCAUGUCUAUUUGUUAAAUUCAUCUUGUGUAAGUAAUGUUAAAAUGGACCUUCUGAUAGUCCCCAGGUUGUACUGAACUCAGUCCCUCCCUUCCAUGCCUAGCUAUUCUGUGACUGCUCAGCAUCUCUUCAUGAGUGUGCCUGGCUCUGAUGUAGAAGGCAAGAUCCCAAUGCUGCCCUAGACCUCUCAGUGCUCCCCUGGGGGAAGGAUGUUGAAGCUGCUGGGUUUUCACUCCUCAGGUAGAUUCUUCUCUUCCCCUGGCAUAAGUAAGCCUAGCACUUGCUGCAAACCAUCUUCUGAAAAAUAUGCCUCAUUCCUUGUGUGGAUAUUAUUCCUCCCUUGGAGUGAGGUCCUCAUUUCUGGCUCCCAGAAACAGCUGCUAUAGAAGAUGGGAGUUUGUGUACCUAAGUUAGGCAAUGGUUUAGGAGGGAGGGAUUCAAGAUUUUUAGCUGUACCUUAAAGCUUUUGCAACUUUUUAAUACUAGCAUAUGCAGGGCUUUUUAACUGCUCUUAACAUGAGAGAAUGCAAUGCAUGGCACUUCA